CCGCGCAUGCGCAGCGCGCUCCGCCCCACGUGGCCUCUUCCGCCGCCGCCGCCGCCACUUCAGGCACCAUGGCCACGCCGCCCGUUCUCCUCCUUCCUCCCUCCUCCUCCUCCUCCUCCUCCUCUCUCCGCGUCCUCAUCGCCGCCCGUUUCUCGGGGUGCCCCCCGCCCCAUUUGGAACAAAUCCCCCCAGAUCUGGAUUUGGGGGGGGUCCCUUGGGCGCCGCCGCUGCUGAGGACCCCCGGGGGGGCUUUUUUUGGGGGGGGGGCGGCGGCGCUGCUGCUGAGCCCCCCCGAAAUGAGGGGCCGGGACCCCCCCGAGGCGGCGCUGGUGCGGCAGUGGGUCACGUUUGGGGAGGGGGAGCUGAGCGCCGCCGCCGCCCUGGCCAUGGGGGGACCCCCACAGGAGCGCCCCCGGGGGCUGCAGGAGCUGAGGAGGGGUCUGGGGGCUCUGGAGGCCCAUUUGGGGAGGGGGCGGCGCUUCCUGGUGGGGGACAGCGUCACCCUGGCCGAUGUCACCGUCACCUGCGCCCUGCUGGGGCCCUUCACGCAGCUCCUGGACCCCCCGGCCCGCGCCCCCUUCCCGGGGGUCUCCCGCUGGUUCCUGACCUGCGCCCACCUGCCCCAAUUUCGGGCUGUGUUGGGGGAGGUGCGGCUCUGCGGGGGGGAGGGGCACCCCCAGAGCCCCCCCCAGAGCCCCCCCGAGACCCCCCAAAGCCCCCAGACCCACGGGAGCGCAGUGGGUCACUCCCAGGGGGGUCCCAAUUUGGGGGUCCCGGGGGGUCCCAAUUUGGGGGUCCCGGGGGGUCCCGAGCCCCCCACCCCCCCCAAGAGCGCGGCACAACUGAAAAAAGAGGCGAAAAAACGGGAAAAAAUGGAAAAAUUCCAGCAAAAACAGGAAAAAAACCGCGAGCUGCAGGCUCAGGGCAAGGUCAAGGCCGGCCGGGCCCGGCGGGAGCUGAGGGGGCUGAGCUACGAGACCCCCACCCCCCCCGGCUGCAAGAAGGAUGUGGGGGGACCCCUCCCCGAGAGUUACAGCCCCGGGUACGUGGAGGCGGCCUGGUACAGCUGGUGGGAGAAGGAGGGGUUCUUCCGGCCCGAAUUCGGGCGGUCCCUGGAGACCCCCAACCCCCGCGGGGUGUUCGUGAUGUGCCUCCCCCCCCCCAACGUGACCGGGACCCUCCACCUGGGCCACGCCCUGACCGCGGCCAUCCAGGACACGCUGACCCGCUGGCACCGGAUGCGGGGGCUGACCACGCUGUGGGCGCCGGGCUGUGACCACGCCGGCAUCGCCACGCAGGUGGUGGUGGAGCGGCGGCUGCAGCGCUGCCGGGGGGUCACUCGGCACCAGCUCGGCCGCGAGGCCUUCCUGGCCGAGGUGUGGCGCUGGAAGGAGGAGAAAGGGGACCGCAUUUACCAGCAGCUGCGGCGUCUGGGCGCCUCCAUGGACUGGGAGCGCGCCUGUUUCACCAUGGACCCCAAAAUGAGUCGGGCGGUGACCGAGGCGUUCGUGAGGCUGCACGAGAAGGGGCUGAUCUACCGCAGCCGCCGCAUCGUGCACUGGAGCUGCGCCCUGCGCUCGGCCAUCUCGGACAUUGAGGUGGAGAAGAAGGAGUUGGGGGGCCGCACCCUCCUGCGGGUCCCGGGUUAUGAGGAGCCGGUGGAAUUUGGGGUGUUGGUGUCCUUCGCCUACCCCCUGGAGGGGGCCGGCCCAGGUGAGCCCCCCGAGGUCGUGGUGGCCACGACGCGUCUGGAGACGAUGUUGGGGGACGAGGGCGUGGCCGUGCACCCCGAGGACCCCCGGUACCAGCACCUGCGGGGCCGUUACGUGCUGCACCCGCUGACGGGGCGGCGCCUCCCGGUGCUGCACGACCCCUUCGUGGACCCCGAAUUUGGGACAGGCGCGGUGAAGAUCACCCCCGCCCACGACGCGGCGGAUUUCGAGGUGGGGCGGCGCCACGGGCUGAGCGUCAGCGAGGUCAUCGGGGAGGACGGGACCAUGGUCAACGUGCCGCCCCCCUUCCAGGGCAUGCCGCGGUUCCAGGCCCGCCGGACACUGAUGGACACUCUGAAGGCGCUGGGGCUGUUCCGGGGGGUCACCGAGAACCCCAUGGUGGUACCUGUGUGCAGCCGCUCCAAGGACAUUUUGGAGCCCCGUGCUGUGCCCCAGUGUGACACAGGGUGUCCCACAGCCGCUCCAAAGGACAUCCUGGAGCCCCGGGCCGUGGCCCAGUGGUUCGUGCCGCUGUGGGGCUCUGGCCGAGGCGGGCCCGCGGGCGCCGUGAGGAGCGGGGAGCUGCGGCUGCACCCACCUGGCCACGCCCGCACCUGGUUCACCUGGAUGGACAACAUCAGGGACUGGUGCAUCUCGCGGCAGCUCUGGUGGGGCCAUCGCAUCCCCGCCUAUUUCGUCACCAUCAGCGACCCCCGAGUGCCCCCCGGGGAGGAGGAGGACGAGCGGUUCUGGGUCAGCGGCCGCACUGAGGACGAGGCGCGCAGCAAGGCCGCCGCGACCUUCGGCGUGACCCCGGCGGCGGUCAGCCUGCGCCAAGACCAGGACGUGCUGGACACGUGGUUCUCCUCCGGCCUUUUCCCGUUCUCCAUCUUCGGUUGGCCCGAACAGGGUGCCGUUCUCUCCCCAGACCCCGACCUGGAGCGUUUCUACCCCGGCUCGCUGCUGGAGACCGGCCACGACAUUCUGUUCUUCUGGGUGGCGCGGAUGGUGAUGCUGGGGCUGGCGCUGACCGGGCAGCUGCCCUUCCGACAGGUGUACCUGCACGCCAUCGUGCGCGACGCCCACGGCCGCAAGAUGAGCAAAUCCCUGGGGAACGUCAUCGACCCGCUGGACGUCAUCACCGGCACCUCCCUGCAGGAGCUGCACCUGCAGUUGGAGAACAGUAACCUGGAACCGGCCGAGCUGGAGCGCGCCCGGGAGGGACAACGCGACUUCCCCCUGAUGGGAUCCCCUGAGUGUGGGACGGACGCGCUGCGCUUCGCCCUCUGCGCUCUACACGGGCGGGACAUCAACCUGGACGUGGGGCGGGUUUUGGGGUACCGCCACUUCUGCAACAAGCCCAAAAAACCCCAAAAUCACCCCAAAUCCCCCCGUGUGCCGCCAGGGCGGGACAUCAACCUGGACGUGGGGCGGGUUUUGGGGUACCGCCACUUCUGCAACAAGGUCUGGAACGGGGCGCGCUUCGUGCUCAGGGCGCGGGGGGAGGGGUACCGGCCCCCCC